AUGGCUCCGCGCAACCUCCAACCCGUAGAAGGAAGCUAUUAUGACUCGAAUCCAAAUGAGGUCGACCCCAGCGGCUACAUUGUCGAGUCUGCGCAACCCAUAGAUCCAGAGGUGGCGAAACGGGCGCUAAGGAAGAUCGACCUCUUUCUCAUGCCUGCUAUGGUCAUUGGCUAUGGGCUCGUCUACUACGACAAAGCCAUUCUCGGCAGCGCUGCCCUCUUUGGCAUGACCUCGGACCUGCAACUUUCAGUCAUAGACCCUGCCGCCGGCACGGCAGACACCACCCGUUUGAGCUGGGCUACGUCCAUUUUUUACUUUGGCCAGCUCGUGGGCUCUUACCCCAUGAUCUACACCCUGCAGCGCUUCCGGACCCGUCACGUACUCCCGUCGGUCGUCAUGGUCUGGGCCGUCAUAUGCGCCGCCACCGCUGGCGUCACCACCUGGCAGGGGCUCCUGGCCCAAAGGUUCUUCCUUGGCUUCACCGAGGCCAUCAUUCCGACGGCCUUUGUGACCACCGUCAGCGGCUUCUACACCCAGUCCGAGCAGGCCCUGCGACAAAGCUGCUGGCUAUCCGCCACGGGAUGGUUCAUCGUGAUAGGUGGCGCACUGAACUAUGCCUUUGCCCAGAUCCGCGGCGGCACUCUGACUUCGUGGCAGUAUAUUUACGUUCUCGCCGGUGCCCUGACCUUUUUGUUUGGCAUAUGGUGCCUUUUCCUGCCCAACUCACCGCUCGACGCAUGGUUCCUCACUCCAGAGGAACGCGUCGCUGCUCUGGAGAGACUCCGGGCAGGACAGACUGGAGUGAGGCGUGAUGUGCAUGAGAUCAAGAUGGCGCAGGUUGUAGAGGCUGUUUGCGAUGUCAAGGUUUGGCUUGUGUUUGUCAUCAUGGCAGCUGCAUAUACCGUCAACGGCGCGGUCUCGGGCUUCGGGCCCUUGAUCGUCUCGACCUUUGGUUACUCUGCCCUCGACAGCAUCCUCUUUCAGUUUCCCCUCGGCCUGAUCAGUGCCGUCGGCAUCCUACUCACCGGCUGGUUCUCGGCCCGCACCCCUGAUAUCCGCAUCCCGCUCCUGAUCACCUGCUGCCUGCCCGUUGUGGCCGGCUUCGUCACCAUUUGGAAGUCGGACUGGGGUGGUGUCAACAGUAGGCCCGUCGCCCCCGUGGUCGGCUAUUCGCUCAUUGGAUUCUUCGGACCGGCCGUUAGCCUGACCGUCGCCCUUGGAGCGGGCAACGUCGCGGGCGAGACCAAGAAGAGCUUUGUCGCGGCGGCCGUCUUUGUGGCGUACUGCGUCGGCAAUAUUGUCGGCCCGCUGAUGGUCAGGAGUCAGAGUAGGAGGGAGCAUUAUCCUGAGCUAUGGAUUGGAUUAACUGUCUGUUACUGCAUCGUAAUUGCCUCGGCAUCGGCGCUUUAUGUGAUCCUUCGUCGAGAGAACAAGAUACGCGCGCAACUCCCUCAAGACCAGGAGGAGCGGGACAGGUUGGCGUUCAAGGACCUCACAGACAAGGAGAACAAGUACUUUAGAUAUGUGAUGUAG